AUGGGGCCUUGGCGUGCUGCGGCCCGUGGUGUGGCAGUUGAAGUUCUGCGUUAUCUGGUUUCCGGGCUUGGCGAAAAAGAACGGUGUCCCGUCGGAGCCGACUGGAGAUCGGAGGAGCAAGCUGCCUACUGGCGCGAAGAGGCCGUUUACUGUCGUGAUCGUUUGCGGGAAGCACAUAGCUGUUCUGUGGAGCUUGAUUUUCUACGGGAUCUGAAGGAGAGUUGCUGGGACACCCCGACAGUGGGCUUGUUAGUGCUCAUUGGGGCUGUGAGCGGUGUUCUGGGCACUCUUGCUGUCACUUGGUGGCAGAGUCGACCCCGAGCUGGGGUAGUUGUUGCCGAGAUUGAUCCUGGAAAACUAGAGGUUGUGCAGGAGGGGAUGAAUUGGCUGCCGCUCGACAACGUGCUCGUGCGCUUCGUGGAUGAUCCUGCGCUAUAUCAUCAGCGCAUUGUGCUUCGGUGCAGCGGAAAGGACAAGGUGCACAUUGUGACACCCGACCGGGAGGUUCAGGAGACUGAGCUCAAGGUGGGAUCUGUGUAUUCGGAUAUUCGUCGGAUGCACAACGGUCGGCUGCCGACGGGGAUCUCCGAGAACGAGACCUACUUGAAUAAGCACUCUGGAGACGGAGCAAUCUCGAGAGACGAGCUCCUGAAGUUGAUCCGGGAUGUUGAGUCGGUUUCUUCCGAGGGACCAAGGAGGCGGGUCACAGGCAAGCUCGGAGACGACGGGCGACGGCACCCUCCGGCCGGAGAUGCGGCCAAGCCAAAGCAAACGUCUGGCAUGGAGGAUGGCGUGGUCUGGGUUGUGGUCUACUCCUCCACUGGGCAGGACAUGGGCACUCAGGUGUCACCUCCCGAUGGGGCGGAAUCCUUGGUCGUCGGUGGGCUGCCCUUCAAGAUGUUUACAAGAGGCGGCUCGGUGCUGCUCGUGCGGGGGGUCCUCCCGGAGGCGAUCGCUUCGGUAACGGAUCUUCUGCAAGCAGGCCUUGGUGAUCAGCGAGUAGAGGCCAAGGACGUCCGGGUCUUGCCCGUUCUUUUCGACACGUCCGAAGAGCGGUGGAGGACCAUAGCAGAGGCUGUGGUUGAUCAUGAGGAAGUUGAUUUUGAGGACUUCCCUCUUCAAGGUCCUCGGACGGUUUGUCGUGACGCUCGGCAAUUGAGGCGGCUGGGGCUGGACUUCGUGCAGCACCACGAGGCUUGGUGCCGAAAGUCCGGAGUGCGGCAAGGUGACCGAUCAGUUCAUGAACACGCCUCGCUAUGUCGGUCCCUCAACCUUAUGGUGUGCUACGAUCAGUUAAACGUGGGUGCUUUGGCAAGUGCUGAAUCGCUGAAUCGGCGCAGGGCUUUGAUUGAGAUGGCUCACAAUGGCAGGCCAGAGGCGCCAAACUACGAUGCAGCCGACGAUGUGCUUGGCAUCCGCGAGAUGGCCGAUGGGAGCCUGGAGGUGACGACGACAAGGGCGAUGAGAAGGGCGGCGGCGGCAAGGGGCGAAAAGGCAAGGAGGACAAGAGCGCCCCCUGAACAGGGGGACGGGGACAGGGUGACUGGUGCCGACCCUGGCUCCGUUAAUCUUUUGGGUGCCAGAAAAGUUUUCCGUGAGCCCGUCCAUUUCCACGGGGAUGUGUUCCCGCUUCCCUGUCCGGUGGAUGAUGGCUUUCCUCACAACGUUUCUUCUUUGUGCUCCCGUCGCUCCAGACAAAGGGUGCAGCGCCGUCGGUGUCUACAUCAGCGGGAGUACGGGACCAUAUGGGCCUUGAAUCACUUGGCCGGUUUUGAUGAUGAGUCGCUUUGGCCGGCUACUUUGACCAAUCGGGCGCAGGCGGCUGUGCUGGCGAGGGUGAAGAAGAUGCACUUGCAGAGACCACCGCCCCCCGAAAAACUUUCACCGCAGGCAGCGCUUCGGCAGCUGCUGCAGCGCAAGGCAGGGUCCGCUUAUGGUGACGGCAUGCCGGGGCAAUUAGCCAGCUAUGUGCGAGAUAGACUAUCACUUCCAAGGGGUCAGGGCAAGCCGGUUCGUUUGGAGGAUUUGCUGCCCGAGGCCGAGAGGGAGAUGAUUAUGGACUUUAGGGGACGCAUGAUGCUCAGUGACGAGGAGCACGGGGGCGUUCUAGAGAGAGGCUUAGCGAACGACAUGUACACUGACCCUCUGCUUGAGGGCGGCGGCAGAAAGUACCACGGGUUUGUGGCCGACUUGGUGCAGAGCCAGCUCGUGGGCUUCACGGCCAAGCCGAAAUCUCAGGUGGGGGUAUUCGUGGUCACCAAAAAGAACCAGAAACAGCGGCUGAUCCUGGAUGCUCGCAGGACGAACAAGCUGUUUCGCACUCCGCCCACCACGAGGCUUGGCUCCAUGGAUAGCUGGGCCCGAGUGGGGAUUGGCGAAGGUGACCAAAUGUUCGUUUCGCAGGAGGACGUGAAGGACUUCUUUUACCGCUUGGGUAUCGGCCAGGACCUGGGGGAGUAUUUCAGUUUGCCCCCGAUUGAUGCAAAGAUGCUUCAGGACGAGCUGGGUUAUUUGCCAGCCGAGGCAGCCAAACUUCAGGAUGCCGGGUGCACUGAGAUUUUUCCGUACAUGUGUGUACUCCCCAUGGGCUUCUCAUGGGCUUUCCACCUGGCGCACGAGGCCCGUGCGGAGUUGAGUCGAAGGACUUUGCCGCGGGUGGCCCAGGUCCGGGAUCGCGAGCCUGCUCCUUUGCUUGGCCGUGCUGUUACGGGUGGAAUCCAUGAGGCCAGCCUUAUCUAUGCCGACAACCACAACCACCUCGGGAUCAACAAAGAGGAGGUGGACCGUGCGCAGACUGACAUGAUUGCGGCAUUGCACUCAAAGGGGCUGGACACGCAUGACCUGGUUGAGAGCACCACGCUUUGUGAGUCUUUGGGUGUCCGCAUAGAUGGGUUGCUGGGGACUGUGCAGGUUUCGGCAGCUCGCGAUCAUCGGCUGGAUCAGGCUUUGCUGGCGUGCUCAUCGAGGCCAGCUCUCAGUGGGGAAGAGCUCCAGGUCAUUGUUGGACACAUGACCAUGCGGGCCUUACUCAACCGGGGCCUGCUCAGCAUCCUUAGGCACAUCUACGUUUUCAUCCAGGAGAACUACCUCGUGCGCAGGAGGCUGUGGCCUUCCGUUGUCCGGGAGAUUGAAGUGUUCCGGGGAGCGAUGGUGUUAGGAGUUGCAGACCUUCGUGCCAGCUGGGAUCCCAAAGUGUAUUGCACAGACGCCUGCCCAUCCGGCUAUGCAGUGCUAGAGCGUCACCUUGGCAGCAGCAGUGCGCGGGAGGUGGGGAAGGAAGACGAGCGCUGGCGCUACUAUCGGUGCGAGUCUCAACCUCCCCCGCGUGCAGCCGCGCUCGGGGAUGUGCUCGAGGAUGUGCGGACUGUCUUGCCGGAUGUCGAAGGCGAGUGCGAGAGAGCUUGGACCCUAAACGAUCAGUUUCCCGAAGUUCCUCGUUGGGUUCUGGACGCAGGAAUGUGGCAGCUACUUUGGCGAGCUGGUUUUGAUCACAAGGACGGGAUCCACAUGCUUGAAGCGAGAAGCAUUCUUGGAGCAGUGAAGCAUGUGUGUCGGGAUUCACGGCGACACGGUGCACAUGUGCUUGUACUGAACGAUAACAUGGGCACAGUGCUCGCUGCUCAGAAGGGUCGUUGUGCUCAUUUCGGCUUGUUGAGAGUUUUGCGGCGGGUGGCCGCGCACACUCUGGGUUGUGGCAUCCGAUGCCAUGUACGCUGGGUGCCCUCAGAGCUGAAUGUCGCGGACCACGACAGCCGGUGGAGAGAGAGGCGCAAGGGCGGCUCUGAGCACCCCGGUGCCCAAGAGGGCGUCAGCCAGGAAGAGAAAGGUAGAUGUCUUCACGAAGCAAGAGGUCAGCUUGGCGAAUCGGCGUUGCAAGAGCCCUCCUCUACAGGAGAGCCUGGAGAGGCAGCGGCACGUGAGGAGCCCAUUGAAGGCGAGGGUCGCGGACCAUGGAACUUCCACCGACCUCCGGAUGAUGCUGAAGGGGCAGGCCCGAAAGAUGGAAAGGGCACGGAAGCGCCAGAAAAAGUACGGGCAGAGGAUCCGGGGUUUCUUUGGGGAGAGGGGACACGGAAGGACUACGCCACCAAGAUGGACGGCUUCCUGGAGUUCGUGAGGUUUUACAUGCUGCCGAUAAAGGGCGAAGCCGAGCUCGACGAGGCCUUGUGCGAGUACGCGGACCACCUGUUCCUGAGUGGAGAGACUUGCAAUUUCGGUCAGAAGUUGCAGGCAGCUCUCGAGUACACCCGCCCAGAGGCGGCCCGAGACGGGUCGCUUCGCUUGCCCCGGUUCAAGAGGGCGCUCAAGGGAUGGAGGAAGCUGUCCCCGGCGCAAGCCCGGUUACCCAUGAUAGAAUUUUUGAAAGGGGCGGUCAGCGGAGUUUUCCUGCACUUGGGACGCAGGGACAUGGCGGUCUUCAACGAGUUGACCUUUUCGACUUACGUUCGGCCAGGAGAAGGUCUACGCAUGAAGGCUCUGGAUUUCGUGGAGAAGCAGCCGGGGCAGGCCGAGUACAAGUUUUCGGUCAUCGUGUUGGCCCCAAUCGAAAGGGGCGAAGCGAGCAAGGCGGGCAUCUACGACGAGGUCCUGGUGCUGGACGACACGCGGGCUCCCUGGCUGGAGGAUGUGAUGCGGCACCACGUGCGGCAAAGGCUUCAGUUGGGCGAGGAGGCGGACAUGUGGGAUUUCAAUGCCGGCCAAUACCUCGCGAUGUGGAGGAAGGCCGUGGCGGCUUUGGACAUCGCAGACUGUGCGCAGAGCCCCUACCAGAACAGGCACGGGGGAGCGAGCCGGGACCACCUGCUGCGACUUCGCAGCGUUCACGCCAUACAGAGGCGAGGACGCUGGGCUGUGGACUCAAGUGCGAGGAUCUACGACAAGCCGGGGAGAUUGCAGCAGAUGGUGAACAAACACAGCAAGAAGUGGUGGGAUCUUGGGGAAAAGGUCCGAUUGAACUUUCGGGAUUUCUACCUCAAUGGUACCUGCCAGUUGCCUCGAACCCUUCGGCUUGCUCUGGACGGCUGUGCGGCAAAAACUGGGGAGUGCGCAAAGGCUUUUGCAAAAGAAGGUGGAUGGGCGGCAAUAAUCGAUGUUCGGGGUGAUGUUUGCAAUGAUCUGUCUAAGUUCGGUGCUUGGAACAGGAUUCGAAAAGUCGCUCAUCUCUUCGACUUGAUUGGCAUAGAUUUACCAUGUAACACCUGGACCCGGGCGCGCCGAGCACCGCCUUGGUCAAGUUUGCCGGGGCCGCUGAGGGGCGACCACUAUCACAACGUGCUGAGGCUUCCCAACUUGAGAGCGAGCGACCGGGAAAAAGUGGAUGCGGCAAACCGUAUGAUGAUCGGCGCCUGCAACCUCAUUAAGGUUUGCCUGCAGCUGAACAUCCCGGGUUACAUGGAAAAUCCUUUGUCGUCUAGGCUGUGGCUGUCACGACCUGUGCAGGAGCUGCUCAUGCGAGAUGACGUGCAUUUCGUCAAGACUCACAUGUGCAUGCAUGGCACCCAGUGGAAGAAACCCACUGGGCUACUCGUUCAAGAUUCGCGACUGAGCGAGCACAAAUCUUUCCAAGAGCUUUUGCAUCAUCACUUGUUGGAGCUUUGUGCUGACUUUGCAAUCCCUCCCACUCCACCCAGGGCCAUUCUGCGCAUGGGGUUGGGACGUUUGACCAAAGGUCAUUGUUCUGGGCCCACGGGGCCUUUGGCUGUAAACAGCUGGGGAGGCUUUUAG